AUGACAGGUACACGUGCAUCACCAAAGCAGGGACUGUGGAUUCUUUGUGUGGUUUUGAUGACUGCAGCUGGAGAGGACAUUCCUUGUCCAAAAGGUAGUCGGAUCGACCUGAGUAGCUGGCGAUGCUAUUGGCUCUCUGAGAUGACGUCUUCAUGGUCUGAGGCACAGGAUUCAUGCGGAGAGACUCAGGGAGGAGAGCUGGCAUCAGCUGACAGCCUGGAGCUGCAAAACUUCAUCCAUUACUCUUUUCCAGUAAAAAACACUGUGUGGGUAUGGCUGAAGGGAUCAGGGGGAGAAGGGUCUGACCAGGUUGGUUUAGUGGAACAAGUAAGUCCUGCAUGGUGGACCGGAGGUAGUGAAAGUCAAGGAGUGUGUACUCAGAUGACCUUGGGGACACAGGGGCGUUGGAGGAAGGCUCAGUGUGCUGGACAAUACUUGUUCCUCUGUGAAAAAGACAUAACCGAAUCUUUACCAUCUGUGAACAGUUACCUGACUGGAUUGGUUCUCAUGACCGGCAUCUAUGCUCAGAUCCAGAUACACCCCUUUCCUAAUGUCCCAGACACUGGACAACUUACAGUGGAGAUGCAGCUGUUCCCAGGGGUGUGGUUCAGUCAUGCAGGUCAAUUGGAAUCAGUGGAGCUGGUGGUACAGCCCAGCCCAGUGUCCUCUCUGGCCCGUGUCCAGAUCCUAAGACCAUACUGCAACCCAAACCACCACUUGGUACCUCCAGGUUGCAGUUCUCUCCUUAAUCCCUUCAGCUGCUGCUCAGCACUACCGCUAUGUAACACCACAGGGGGCUGCAGCAUGGGCCAGUACUGGUGCCACCUGAUGGAGGCUUGUGUGCGCACCACCAGUCCCUGCAGCCCCUACGACUCUGCAGUAGGGGGCCGCGGCUUUGCUUUACCUCCCCGAUACCUUGCAACACCACCCUUCUACCACCUGGUGGCAGACAUGCCACUGAGAACAAACCCUAGCUCUGAACUACAAACUAUCAGCCUACUUCUUCCAGAUCGAGCGAUCAUGGUGUACCCCGAUGAUAUUGUGGCUAUACAACAUAAUCGCGACUCGGGAACCUUCCUACGUUGCCUUAACAGUGAAGCCUCUCUAAACUCUCCUUGGCGCCAGAGUUACAUGUCCUUUAGGAAGGCGGAGUGGGGAGGCUGGUGGGAGGGAGGCCUGUCCUCACUGCCCCAAGGAGGACAGUGGGUGGACGGGGUGGUGUGUGAUCUGAGAAUGCUGUAUGUGGACAAUCUUAACAGAGGUACAGAGCAUGAUGAUAACUUUGGCUUCACCCGCAGAGAGACAACCACAGCAUUGGAUAUUUGGGCCUUGACAAGUUUGAGAUCUAAAUUUGGGCUUAGUGUCAUCCACCCCAUGCCAGAUGAAAAGAACCAGAUUCAUGUCCAAAUCAACAUCCCAACACUCAUUGUUGUCAAGGUCCUGUCUGGACAGAAAGCCCGGAGCUCAUGGUCAGCCCCAGUUCUUCAGACUGGUGUCCCUUUUCUUCCAUAUUGCCCUGAAGCGAUAGCUCAGUCUUGGCCUGGCUGUAGGGGACAAUCCCAUGAUGACUGGUUCUCCUCUGUAACUCUUGUGUUGCCUUCAGUGGGGGUUAAAACCCUGAACAUCACUGUGAUGGAUUCAGUAAACUCUCAGAGUGUGAAUCUGAGGGUUUGUGGCUAUGAAGCUGUGACAGGGCUUAGUGUUGAGCCACAUGGAUGUCUGAGGAUGCUCAUUGAAACUCCACAGUCAUUUAUAGCCAAAGUGGAGAGUGGUUCCUCAGUCAAAUUUACAUGGGUGAUAGACAACUUGGAGAAGUUUGCCCAUGAAGGAGAAUCUUACAGUGUAGUGUUCAAGAAGCAUGCUGAAUAUAAGCUCAAGAGCCAGCAAAUCCACCCAACUGCUGAUGAAAUGACACCACUUUCUGCACCAGAGUUUCUGUUAAUCAGGGAGGUCAUAGCUGUGGAUGCUACACACCUCUACAUCAUCAGGGUGAAAGUGGACAUCUCCCUCCCAGUCACGUUCAGAUGGGAUUUUGGAGAUGGCAGUAGCAAGGUGAUCCACAACCAGUCAGCUCCAUGUCAGAUCAUGGAAGGGCUUAUGGAGAAAGGAGAGAAGGAAGCAUAUGUCCAGGACUCAGUAACCUAUACCUAUUCCAUCCCAGAUGACUACACGCUUCAUGUCCAAGUCUCUAACCAAUAUGACAACACUGAGACAUCUGUGAAGAUAACCGUCCGCCCUGAAUUAAAUCACCUUCUCAUUUCCUCUUCCCCUACCGUGCCCCUCAUCAAACAGACCCUCUUUCUGGAUGCCUCCACAGAGCCCUCCACCUAUGCUGUAGUCUACACAUGGGACUUCGGUGAUGGUUCUGAAGCUGUCCAAGGUUUUCAUCGUAAAGUCAGCCAUGACUUUGCAUCUGCAGGGGUCUAUAAUGUCACAGUGUGUGCGAACAAUACUCUUACAGCCCUGACUAGCUGGCUCAUGGUUGAAGUUAUGGAGACAAUCUCUGGAUUAACAGUCAGCUACAGUGGACCCAGUGAGCUAAGCUCUGCUACAGAUUUCAGAGCUAGAGUGGUUACUGGUACAAGUCUUUUGUGGAAUUUUGAUUUUGGUGAUGGGUCUAUACAGAGAAACCUUACAGAUGGUGCAAUCUCCCACAUCUACAAAUCGCAAGGGAACUACACAGUAGAUGUUACUGUCUCAAAUUCUGUCAGCCAGGGUCAUCAGUCUAUCAGUGUUGAGGUCUACAGAUUGGCUGUUAGUGGAGUUUUUCCUACAGAAUGUGUCAUGAGUGGAAGAGACAUCCAGUUUACUUCCCUGGUGAAUGGGAACAUAUCCAUUCUGACUUUCCAUUGGCUAUUUGGAGAUGGAUCCCCGUUGACUAUAGUGAGGGGGCAGUCAAGAGCCAUGCACAAAUUUCAAAGUCAUGGGAUUUUUCAUAUUAGUCUGACUGUGUUUAGUUCUGUUACAUAUGUUUCUUUUAAUACAAGCAUCUGUGUUGAAGCGGCAAUUACCAACAUAACAGUGCAGUCAUCAAAGGAAGUAGUGGCAGUAGGAGAAGAGGUAUGCUUUACAGCGUUAGUUUUCCCUGAGCAGAUGACAGCAUACCAAUUAAAGUGGUUUAGUAGGCUGUCUAGUCUCACUGCCAGGACAGAAAACACACAAAAGUGUUUUAUAUUUAAAGAAGAGGGUGUUGAAGAGGUAUCCGUAAUGGCAAGUAACAAGGUCAACAACCAAACAGCCAAAGCUAGUAUCACCAUUCAAAGCCCUGUAAGUAAGCUGUCUGUGGCACAUGAUAGUCAAAGUGACACACUGACGGUUAAUACAUUGGCAUCAUUUUGGGUUGCCAGUUGUACUGGCAGCGAUGUGUCAGUGCUGUGGGACUUUGGAGAUGGAUCUCCAGUAGAGCAGAAACAAAAUGUGUCACACGUCUUUACCUCGACUGGGCAGUUCACAGUCACCGUCACAGCAUUUAAUGCUGUUAGUCGUGAUUCUGUGAACCUUAAAGUGAAUGUUUUACUUCCUGUUUCAGACCUUUCACUUCACACCAACCAGCCUUAUGCUGUAGUUGGAGAAGAGAUUCUCAUCUCAGCGAUUAGCAGUGCUAUCAGUAGCACCAACUACUACUGGACUGUGGAAAAUAUGACAUCAACCAAACAGGGAAGUUAUCAGUUUAGAUUUGCUUUCCUGAAGCCAGGAGUAUAUCAAGUGAGGCUUAUAGCACAGAACUUGGUGAGUCGAAAGGAGGCAGCUAUUUUAAUUGAAGUCUUUGAAAGAAUAGAAGGUCUUCAGGUUGAAUGUCAGAGCCUGACAAACAUGAAAUAUGUACCAACCCAAGAGGAGUUGCUGUUUAUUGCUUUAAUCACUAAAGGCUCCAAUGUCACUUAUCACUGGCUUGCUACACUGAGUGGAAUAAAGCGACAAAUUCCUGGUGAUGGAAAGCUUUUUCAUAUGUUAGCUGAAACUCCUGGUAGGAUUUCUGUUCAUCUGAGAGCUUCUAACAAAUUGGGUGAGGCCACCAGCAUUAUUUCUUUAGUGGCAGUACAGCGUGUAACAAGUGCGCACAUUACUACACAAUCAAGCAUUGUAGCAUUAGGGAAGAUAGUGAAUAUUUCUGUAUCCAUGGCUGCUGGGUCAGACCUACAGUAUCUUUGGUAUGUCAGUAAUCUUUCACCUCUGCAGACACAUACACCCUUUCUUCUCCACACUUUUACAAGUUUGGGUCAUUGGUUUGUCAGAGUUUCAGUUAAAAAUGUCCUCAGCCACAGUAAUUUCACCAAAGAGUUUAUUGUUCAAGAGGAGGUCCAAGGGGUAGACUUUGAGAUUGAAGGAAAGACGCAUCCUUUUUAUAUCAUCACCGGUGCUGCUGUCUCACUACAUGGGCUUAUUCAGAAGGGCAGUGAUCUGUUCUGGAGCUGGAAAGUUAGAGGUGCCAAAGCUAUGCUUUUUAAUGCUACUGAUCGGACCUUCACCUUCACCUUUCCACAUGCAGGCAUCUACCAGGUAUCUUUGAAUGUCUCUAAUGGGAUAAAUUGGCAGAUGGCUUCACACAGUGUCACAGUCCAGGAUGCAAUCAAAGAUCUAAACCUGAAUAUCUCCAAGUCUUCUUUUUGCACUGAGGAACAAGUUACUUUUAUUCCAACAAUCUCCAGUGGAAGCAAUGCAAGCUUUGUUAUAAAAUUUAGAAAUAAAGACUGGAUUCAUAGUCAGGGCAUUCUCGAAGGGCGGUUCACCACAUCAAGCCUUCCAGCAGGGACGCUUAUAGUUAGUGUGAAAGCUUGGAACAAGGUCAGUAAUGAAGAGGUGUCUUCCACCUUUCUGGUCAUUGAGCAAAUUCAAGGUUUGCGACUUGUGAACUGUUGUUCUGCUGCUCUAGAGGCUCUGAAAGGAAUCAAAUUCAGAGCAGAAAUUCAAAGAGGAUUUUCAGUCAACUACACCUGGAUAUUUCAGUUGGUGGGGUUUGAACCCACAUGGCUCAUGGGACAGGAAGUGAUCUUUACUCCACCAGAGAGCGGUUCAUUGUCUGUUAGUGUGCUAGCCACCAAUGGACUCUGCUCUGAGACUGUAAAUGAUACCGCUACAGUUCAGUGGGCUGUUAAAAAGGUCAAGCUUGUCUGUCAUUCAGAAAGAAUAUUUGUUGGACAUGCUGUCACGUUUUCUGCAAAAGUGAAUGGAGGAAGCCACCUCAGAUGCCUCUGGGACUUUGGAGACUCCACUGAAGCAUUUGUGACAGACUUAAACACAGUCAAUCAUACUUAUUAUAUUCCUGGGAAGUAUAGUGUUAUGGUCAAAGUUCUCAACAGUGUCAGCCAUGUGUCCGCACAGCUAUAUAUAGAGGUGGAGGAGCCCCAGUGUUCCAACCCUCAAGCUUCUCUUGUCCAGGGCAAGUCUACUAUCUUCAGGUCUAGACCAAGUUAUUUUGAAGCAAGCAUCAACAUCAAUUGCUCUGCUUACAAAGCCAUGUACCUAUGGGAGAUAUUCAAAGAGUCUGACUGCACCGAGGACAGCUCGAAAUUCUCUGGGAAUAAAGUCAUUCUUAGAGGUCAGGUAGAUGCAACUUCAUCUGUUCUCGUACUCCCAAAGUACGCUCUUGAUAUGGGACAGUAUUGCCUGUUAUUCACGGUUUCACUCCAAGGAACUCCACUACUUGCCCAACAGAAAACAACCAUUACAGUGGUCCACUCCCCACUAAUAGCUGUUAUCAAGGGAGGCUCCCACAGACUGUGGCCCAGCCUCAGUGACCUAAUCUUGGAUGGAUCGGAGUCCCAAGACCCUGAUAUAGAGCCAGGAGUGGAAGAUACUCUGCAAUAUCACUGGACCUUUAUGAAACAGGUUACUGUGUGUGAAGCUCCUGUACUUCCUGUGGCUGUGGAAUGUGUGUCCUGCUCAAUCCUGUCCUCUCCUCACCACAUUAGUUACACCAACCGCAUCGUCCUCUCAGGACAAUGUGAACAGUGUGACGACCAGACUCAGUACAAAUGGAGUGCUGAGGAUCAGGCUGGCAUGGACCUUGACCUAAGCAAGGUCACCACCUCUACAGCCAGACAUUCUCCUAACUUGGAGGUGCGUUCAGGUGUCCUACAGCCAGGGCAGAGUUAUACCUUCACUCUCAAUGUAUCCCAGCCUGACAGAGGGCGGUGGGGCAGUGCCAGCUUGAUGUUACUACCUAGCAAUCCACCACAUGGAGGCCGCUGUGAUCUCAGUCCAGAGUCAGAUAUAAAACUGCUUGAGACAGUGGUUACCUACAACUGCUUAGGUUGGCAAGAUGAUGAAAGCAGUGUUUCUCAGUUGAUUUAUACCUUACAGGUAGCACCAUGCCAGCCUGUUGGCACGGUGUGCCCACUACUCACUCUGUAUAGGGGUACUCGUUCAUCAUUUGGGAGCCUAGUUCCAAUGGGAAGUCCUGGGAACAAGAGAAGCGUAUCUGUUAUCACAGUUACAUUGCUGGUAGAAGAUCAUCUGGGGUCAAAGGUCAUCGCUUUGAACAGAAUGCUGACAGUAGAAAAUCCUGUGAGGGGUGAAGCUGCUGGUCAGUGGCUCAGAAACAAGAGCCAGACAGAGCUGUGGGCUUUAGUCCAACAUGGCAACCCUCAAGAGAUCAUCCCUUAUUCGAUCGCCCUCAUCAGCCAGCUCAAUCAGAUGGAAUCUGGCCAGUCUGCCUGGGAGCUCAUGGACAGAAGGGAGAUUCGGGAAAAUGUGACCCAAGCCUUGGCCUCUCUCCCUGUGUCCUCCUUGCUGGAUGUUGAUCAGAUCAGCUCAGCAUUGUCACAGUCUACUGCUGUUCCGAGUGAAUUAGUAAGUGAAAACUGCCAGGAGAAGGUUCUGGAGGCUGUGGGGAAGAUGAUCCACGUAAUGGAGGAACAGAUGAGUCCUGGUGUUCAGGCAGCUGUUGAAACAGGAAGGAACAUCCUCAACAUCAUAGGCAGCACCCUGGCUGCUGUGUCUGAGUCUGUCAGUGCUUCUGGUUCUCAUCCAGACUACUCAAGCACUCUGGAAUCGGCUUCCAUAAUCGCCCUGUCAGUGAUUGGUCAUGCAGGGGCCCUAAUGCGCUCUCUGAUGUACUCACAUCUUCAUGGGGAGUCAACCCUUACGCUCUCCACCCCAUAUAUCAACACAGUGGGCUUCCAUGGAGACCCCUCUCACCUCCUCUGUACUCCCCAGUCUAACCAAACCCAGAUCAACCCUUCUCGGUCCUCAUUAGCUGAUGAAUUGAAGAGUUCUCACCCGUGUCAGUUUCAUAUUCCCACCUCCCUUACUGCUCACCUGAAGAGUCAGGAGUCUGAGGUGGUGCAGGUACUGUUUGGUAUGGAUGCAGAAUUGGGAUCCAUCCCUUUGCUGACUGCAGCUGACCCCCCAAUUUCGACUAAUCUGGUUGCAAUGGAGCUCACCACACCUCAAGGCCAACCCAUACCAAUCCAGGAUCUGCACCCUGAACAGGCCAUACGGGUCACCCUGCCAAACAAGUACCCUAUGAGAGGCAUGGAGGAUGGAGAUGGGGGGAUGGGUGAAGCUGGAAAUGGGACAUGUCUUACUGUAACUCUUCCCGCUGAAGGAAGGUUGAACUUCACAGUCAAAGCUGUGGAUGGACUUGAUGAAAAUGCAGGUUUAUAUAUCUCCUUCAACUUCAGCCUGCACCCAGGAGAUACUCCAGUGAGUCUGGGACAUGUCAAGAUAGAAGUGAGCUCUGCAGGAUCAGGGACUAAUGCAUCCCAGGAUUCCCUCGUGAGAGAGUGGGCUCUUGCUCUCUCUGCUUCGACAACCUCCACAGAGGAAUCCAUCUUUCUGUCUCCACUUUCCCUGUGCCAGUACUACAGUGUGAAGGAGAGGCGUUGGAGCAGUGAGGGUCUACAGCCCCUGGAGGGCAGCACGCUCCACGCAGCACACUGUCUGACCCAGCAUCUCACCAUGUUUGGGGCCAGUUUGUUUGUUCAUCCAGGGGCCGUUGUUCUGCUCCCACCAUCAGAUGGGCCCAUCCGUAACACAGUGGCAGCUAUUGUGUGUGCCAUCCUGGUUCUGAUUCACCUGCUGUUGGGACUCAUCGCCCAUAAACUGGACCACCUGGAUGGCUUGAGAAUGAGCCAGGUCCCUCUGUGUGGCCGACCGGGUCUGUACCAAUACAGAGUGCUGGUCAAGACUGGCUGGAGGCGAGGAGCAGGCACCACAGCACAUGUUGGCAUCAGUCUGUAUGGUGUGAACAAGAGCGGCUCUCGCCAUCUGCAGAGGGAUGGAGCUUUUCAGCGUGGCAGCCUGGACCAGUUUCACCUAGAGACAGAUGACAACCUGGGAGAAGUUUGGAAAAUUCGCAUCUGGCACGACAACACAGGUCUGGACCCGUCCUGGUACGUGCAGCAUGUGGUGGUUUGGGACCCUCAGACAGAUCACAUGUUCUUCUUCCUGCUGGAGGACUGGCUCUCUGUGGAGAAUCAGAAGAACGGCACUGUGGAGAAGGAAGUUCUGGCCUCAUGUCCUGAGGAACUCUCUCAGUUUCGACGGGUCUUUGCCUCCCAGCUGAUUUUUGGGAUGGUUGAGCACCACCUAUGGUUGUCACUUUGGGAACGCCCUGCCCACAGCCAUUUCACUCGGAGUCAGAGGAUCACAUGCAGUGCCCUCGUGCUGCACCUCUACCUGGCACUGGGGGCUCUGUGGUACGGGGCUAUUGGCACAGAGGGGCACAGUGGACCGGUGUCAGCCCAGCUGCUGCUCAACAUGGAGACAGUUGCCGUGGGGAUGACUGUUGCGUUACUGGUGUUUCCCAUCCAGUGUCUCCUCUGCUUCCUGUUUAGAAAGGCUCACAGUCAGGUAACCAUGGACGUGUCAGUUCCUCCUUCUCCUGUUUGUCACUCUGUGGAGAUGGACGUCCACCUCGGCCAAUCGGAGCUCUCUGGCCCUUCCUUCCUCUCUCUGCCAGACUCCUCCGGUCCAGUCAGGGAAAGUCCUUCAUCUUUACUGGAGAGCAAGGCGUUUGACUCCAGUAUUCUAGAUUUUUGGGCUGCUUCUGGCUUGGCUCCCCAGAUAGAUGGAGCAUAUCAAGAGGGAGGUGUAAGGACAUGGCCGUCCUGCGACAGCCUCCUCAAUCUCUCUGCAGGCCCAUACCUGACUAAGACAACCCUAGUCCCCACCGUCUGCAAGGCUUCACCUGCUCUUGGCCCAAUACGGCAGCUGAAGAGAAAAAAGGCCCUGAUGCAGCUCCGCCUGGCCUCACCCUCCUCUACCGACUCAUCUAGUGCUCUUCAUUCUCCCCUCUCAAAAGACAUUACAAGUUCUCAACAAUCCCUUCCUGUACUAGACCAAAAUGUCUCCACCAUGAACGCUAAGUUUGUGCAAGCUCACAACCACAAUUUGACAACACUCCUGACUCUGUCUGAGGAGGAUCUGCUCAUGUCUAUAGCAGCAGCAGCAGAGGACACAGCAGAUCUAACUAAAAGCAACUCGGACAGCGGCCGGGAUUCCCCAAGAACCACCUCCUCUCUCUCAAACACCAGGAGCACUUCCUGCAGCAGCUGGUUGGAGGAGAGUGAAGAUAAGUCCCUCUAUGGUGCAGAGAUCCACAAGCAAGACCCACAGUCCUGUCCCACCCUGUACGGAGCAGGACUCUACAAGUGUCCCUCUGUGCUAUCUGUAGACUCGGUGGCCAGCACCUUCCUGCCAAGCCCUUCUCCUGACUCCACACGCUCCCCCUCCACCACACGCAUAGGUGUUGCUCGAGGUCAGCCCUGCUGGUCGCUUCCUCCCUGGGCACUGUGUGUGAUUUACCCCCUGGUGGCCGUCCUGCUGGGAGCCUGCCUGGCUGUGGUCGGACUAUACGGCAGCUUCCUGUCCAGAACAGUAGUCCUCAUGUGGCUGGUGUCGGCUCUAUCUGCCUUUCUCACCUCUGCUCUGCUGCUGGAACCUCUCAAGGUGUGUGUGCAGACCUUGAUCUACGCAGCACUGUGGAGGCCUGUGGAUCCAGAGGUGGAGGACCAGCUGGCGCAGGAGACCACUGUGGUGAGGUCAUUUGGAGAGCAUGGCGGGAAGGUUCGCCCACCAUGUGGCUACGGGCUGCUACAGGCUAAAGAGGAGGCCCGCAAAGUCCGAGCUCUGCGAUCACUUAUGAGGCACUGUGUGUGCCAGUUGUUAUUUCUGUUGCUGGUGCUGAUGGUGAACUACCAGGACAGCGUAGAGCAGAGGCAGGGCAGGCUGCUGCACUCUUCAGUCAGACGCCAUCUUCACACAGCACCCUCAGGGGUCCCUAACCUCACUUCACUCAGAGACUGGUCAGAUGCAGAUCAGUGGAUCAUCCACACGUUAGUGCCACACCUGCACCAAAACCCUACACUGCGCCUUGUUGGAUUGCUACGACUGCAGUACACACAUGCUCUCAGUCCUCUGGGAAGUGUCUUCCUGGGAAACAGCAGUGUAACAACACACCAGCUUCUAACUGACCUGCACAUGGCAGACUGGAGCAAGAAACAGUUUAAAACCCUUUCUAUCGACUUCACACACUACCACAGAGAGUCUGGCUUAUUUGUGUGUGUGUCCAUGCAACUAGAGUGGGCUCAGACACAUAGAGUCUCCCCCGUUCUCUCCAUCCAUCCACUCCUCAUCCCCUCAUCCUCCUCUGGGCUGCACCUGCAGGUGGCCCUGACGGCUCUUCUUCUCAUCUCUGCUCUCCUCAUCUUGUUCGGAGAGCUGUGGUCCAUGGCUACUGAGCGUGCUCAGUAUUUGCAUCAAUGCAGACACUGGUUCCAGCUUCUCCUGGCCUCGUUGUCCCUGGCAACGGCUAUCCUGCAGCUCUGCUUCCUGUCCCAGGCCACUUCCUGUGUUUCCAAGCUUCAGUCCCACCCAGAUAUCUUCAUCAGCUUCCAUGGUGCUGCCCUUUUGGCACAGAGAUGUUCUCAGUGUGCAGCUAUCCUGCUAACUCUACUUGUUCUAAAGUUGCUCGGAACCUUGAGGUUUGUGCGGAGGUGGGUGGUAUUAGGCAGAGUUCUGCAGAGAGCCUGGAGGGAGCUGUGGGCUCUGACUGUCCUACUGCUGUUGCUGCUGCUAUUCUGCAUUCACCUCGGACACACGCUCUUUUCUCAUUCGGUGGAAGGUUUCCUGUCUGUACGUCAGACCGGUUUCUCGGUCCUGUCCAUUCUUCGUAGCCGAAUGGCUCUUAAAAGACUAUGCAGAGUCCACCCUGUUCUGGGUCCUCUCUAUGGGCUACUGCUCAUGGGGGGUUGUGUUUGGCUUCUGGCCAAACUCUGUGGAGCUGUUCUCAUCCGUGCGUACAGGGCAGAACAGGCUGAGCUGUACUGUCCCACCAUUGAACCUCAGGACUAUGAGAUGGUGGAGUUUUUCAUCAAGAGACUCAAGCUGUGGAUGGGACUCACCAAAGCUAAAGAGUUCAGACACAGGGUGAAGUUUGAAGGUAUGGACAUCCCUCCUUCCAGGUCCUCACAGGAAUCUCGUCUCUCCACCCUAUCUUCAACCCUCCCCUCAUCCCACUCUCCCUCCCUAUCCUCCUCAUUUUCAUCCCCACGCCUCCUGUCCUCUGCUCUCUCUAUGAGGUCUGAGGACUCGUCAGUGUCCGAGCCUGGGUUCGACGUCCAGCCCUACCUGGACCGCCUUCUGCCGUGUGUCACCACACUGCUUUCUCGUUUUGAUCAAGUCAAUCAUAUUACUGAGGAUGUUCACAACCUGGAAAUGAAACUAGAAGAGGCUCAGACAAGAAGAAGGAAGAGGUGGAUCAGCAAUGAGGAAAAAGGGGCAGAAAGAUUCAGUGAGUCAGCAAAGCCAAAGGAACUGGAAGGAGAGGGAAGACAAACAGGCGAGGUUAGACAAAGGAAAAUAGGUCUUUUUUACCCCAAGGCACAAGUCUCAAUUCCAUCAUCAUUUUCUUUCGCUCCUUCUACACUUCACUACCCUGCUGCAUGGAUGUGCAUCUAUCCCCGUAAACGUAGCACCUACUCUGAGUCUGAAUCAUUACCAUUCCAGGCCCUAGCAUCUAGCAACAACCAUACUUCUGAAACACCCAAGCUUGCAUCUGGAGUCUGUAGUUUGUAUCCUGCAGGUUCUCCUGGAUUUGACAGGUUCCCCAGGAGAAGAGCUUGGCAUUCUGGGAGCUCUCAUUCAGCUGAUGCAGCUCAGAGGAUCUUCAUGAACCAAGAUGGAGUUACUUCAUCUGACAAUGGAGGAGAGCAUUUAGAAUUCACCAACACCAGACCCAAGAGUGAAGAAGGGCUAAGAAGGCAUAUCAGUGAUGGAGUCCCUGUGAAGAGGAAGGCUUGGAUCUCAGAAGGAUCAGAGACUGAGCAAGACUAACCAUAUAAGGACUAUAAGUCAGGAUAUCUUGGACUCUGCUGUACUGAUUUAGAUCACUCUGGAAAGUCACACAACCUCACAGAGGUCCAUCAGACUUUUCGAGUGCCUUCUUUGCUUCCUUAGCAUAUGAGUUCUUGCAAAAUGAAUACCAUGUAUGCUCUUCAACAGAAAAAUAAAGCC